CGCGCGGCUGUGCAAUGGUUAGCAAACGAGGGGAAUGCUUCGCAGAAAUGGCGGCGACGGCAAGCUGAGCAGCAUGAAUUUCUUGGCCGCUUCAUGGAUCGAAAUGUUUGAAUGCCAAGAACCGUUUGGAGAGCUGACAAUUACGAUGGAGUAGAGGACCUCUUGUAAUUGUCAUUACAACCCCAUAACGCCUUCCUAGAGGAGUUUUCGUCUUGCGGAGGAGAACAUUCUCACUGGGAGCAUGGCUUCUCACAGUAACCAGUACAUCUUUGGAGAGUUCAGUCCUGAUGAGAUCAAUCAAUUUUUCGUGACUCCUCGAUGUUAUGUUGAGCUUCCUCCAUUCAAUGACAAGCUUCCAUGUAUCAGUCAGUCUUCUGGAAGUUACUGCACUCCUGCUGUACCUUAUAUAAUGGAGUCAAUGGGACUGCAGGUUUGCGCAGAGGACUAUCAACGCAUUGAGUUUGGUGUUGACGAGGUAAUGGACUCCAAGCCAAUUGGGGUGAACGAUCCUUUGUACAAGGUUUCGAGUACUCUCAACCCCCAGGCUCCGGAGUUCAUCUUGGGCUGUCAGUCAGUUCAGAAGGCGCCGCAGACGACACUUCCAGCACCGGAUGUUCCUGAUGGAAGCCAUUUCAACUCCCUGGAUGGGCCAGAUUUUGAAGCCUCGGCUUUGGACAAUCACCAAGUGUGCCAAGACAUGGAUGCACCUGGAAGCCUGGGUCAGAGAGAGCGAAAGAAAAAGAAAAAACGUCCACCAGGAUAUUACAACUACCUGGACCCAUUAGGAGGGGGAAACGGCAGCGGCUCCAUUGUGGCCGAUGGACAGUCAGUGACAACACUUGUGAAUGGGCAUGUACUUGGAGGCCCUCACAACAGUACUGAGGAUGUAGACAGUAAGGCAUUUUUAGGGGAUGAACUUUCCACUCCUGGACCUGUCUCCUUGGUAACAUCUACAAAUGUUGUGUUUGCCCCCACAACCACUGCUAAUCAGAGGACUUGUGAUAGCCCAGAUGACUCUUCUUUGGACUUAACAAGUGCCACUGCCUCUUUAUCAGAUGGUAACAAUGCAACUUCCUCCUCUUCAUCCUCCUCUCAAAGUAGAGGGAUGACAGAGGGACCAAGGACUGCAGAUCAGCAGCAAGAUCAUUUGGCUUUUGAGAGCCCCGAACUUUUAGUCUCCCCACACAGUCCCCGCUCCAAAUCGCCUCUUCCUCCUUCAGAAUCUGUGGCUGCUCCCUCUGAUAUCACUUCCAUUACGACUACUGAACUAGAGAGGAGAGAGGAAGCAGACAGUGGGGUUACCAAUGGACUAGAACAAACUAGUACGCCUGUUAGCACAGGUGGACUCAAAGAAGACUGUGAAAUUGUGGAGCAGAGUCAGCAUCUAGCUCCAGACUCUAAUGCUCAGCCUGUAGUGUCAGAGCAGGCACAAUUACCUGCAGUUUCAGCUGCACCCACUGCCAAUCUUCCCAAAUCUUGGGCAAGCCUAUUUCACAACUCAAAGCCUCUUCCUGGGGGCCCUCCGGCCUUUGUAGAGGUAAAACAUGUUGUGGAUGUUGUGUCUCCCUCCCCUGCUGUUCCAGAAGAACCUGAACAGGUUGAGGAGGUUAAAGAAGGUCCAAUACAUGUAUCAGAGGACCCAUUUGCUCCUAAACUUGCAGAAAUUAUUGAGAAUGUGAAGUUGAUGCAUAAACCAGUGUCUUUGCAGCCAAGAGGUCUGAUCAACAAAGGAAACUGGUGCUAUAUCAACGCUACUUUACAGGCCCUGAUCGCGUGUCCUCCUAUGUAUCAUCUGAUGAAGUCCAUUACUCUGCAUAAUGAAACGCAGAGAACAUGUACCUCCACACCCAUGAUUGACAACUUUGUAAGGCUGGUAAAUGAGUUCAGCAAUAUGCCUGUGCCAUCCAAAACCAAGCAGCAAGCUGCCGGUGAAAAAGUUACAAAAGACAUUCGUCCUGGUGUACCUUUUGAACCCACUUACAUCUACAGACUCCUUACUCUCAUCAAAUCAAGUCUCUCUGAGAAGGGACGACAAGAAGAUGCAGAAGAGUAUCUUGGGUUUACACUCAAUGGACUGCAUGAAGAAAUGCUGGCUUUGAAAAAAUUAAUCUCGCCUCAGGAAGAGACUCCGACUCCCAAUGGCCCAGAGUCCCAGCCAGGUGUGGAGGAGGAUCUUCCUGAUAAGGAGGAAGAAGAAAGUGAUGACGAGUGGGAGCAAGUUGGUCCUCGAAAUAAGAUUUCAAUCACUCGCCAAGCUGACUUUGUUCGCACACCUAUUACUGAUAUCUUUGGUGGACACAUUAGGUCAGUGGUGUAUCAGCAAAACUCCAAAGAGUCAGCCACUCUGCAGCCUUUCUUUACCCUGCAGCUGGACAUCCAAUCUGAGAAGAUCCGUACAGUCCAGGAGGCUCUAGAAACCUUGGUGGCUCGAGAGUCAGUCCAGGGCUACACUUCAAAAACCAAGCAAGAGCCUGACAGUGGACAAAUUCUUAUUGAGAUAAGUCGAAGAGUAACCCUGGAAGAGUUACCGCCUGUUCUGGUGCUUCAUCUUAAAAGAUUUGUUUUUGAAAAGACUGGAGGCUGCCAGAAACUCACUAAGAACGUUGAUUAUCCUGUUGACCUGGAAAUCAGCAAAGAUCUUUUGUCCUCUGGAGUGAGAAGCAAAAUAUUGAAAGGCCAAAGAACUUAUAGGCUCUUUGCAGUUGUCUAUCACCACGGAAACAGCGCAACAGGCGGACAUUACACCACGGAUGUCUUCCACAUCGGUCUUAAUGGCUGGCUGCGUAUUGACGACCAGACAGUGAAGAUUAUCAACCAGUACCAGGUGGUGAAGCAGACUGCGGAGCGCACUGCAUACCUGCUGUACUAUCGCCGCGUAGACCUGCUGUAGACGCACACAUGACACCUCUACACACACAACUUGCUUACCAACAUGCGCACGCAUGCACACAAACACACCUUCAAUCUCCAAAUACACUUGAGAAAAUGAUACAUCCAAAUGCACACAUCAAACUAAUGAACAGGAACACUGCCCAACUUGUUUUCUCGCUAGAGUUUCCUCUUCUUCCCUCCUGCCUCUGCUCUACUCAGAACCAGCUUUUCCAAUGCAUUUUUCCUCGUCACAAUUUUUUAAAUUUUUUUUUGAAGAAAACAAGUUGCAUUCACAAAAAUGAUCUGUGAAUAAUCUAUGCUCCACGGCAGAUUUUUUUUUUCAUUUUUCUUUAUCUCAGUGGUUAUACUUUUAAAUCAGCAAGAAAAGACUGACGAAUCAACAGACAUGGGGGGGGGGGGGGUGUUGCAGGUGAGAAACCUGAGACUUGUCCUGCAGUUUGGCCCAACAGCAGACUCACUCGCACAGGAGGGAUUAUCUAGACCGAACACGGACUGCAGGAACUGUUUUUUUUUGUUGUCUUUUCUUUUUCCAAACAAUUUUUUUUCUUUAAGAAAAUGAAUAUUAUUUGCCUUUUAGUGAAAGAGAACUGUUGGCCGAAUCAAAUUGCAACUUUUAGAAGCCUAUUUGCCCUUGUGCAUCAAAAAGGCCCAGCACCAGCAUGAGUCUCUCAAGGCCAGAUUGUAUUCUUCUCUGACACCAACUCCUCCUCCACCAUGUUGUCACUUUUAUGAUGCUUUUAAGUCCACAUGCAUCUUGAGCCAUCAAAAGCAGAAAGUAAAAAUUAAAAACGUGGUGCGGUGGAUCAGAUCGUAACAGCUUAAUUGUUUUAAAAAGAACCUUGUUAUGGUAUUUUGGUUAAGAUUUAGAAAGAUUAUCGAGAAAAGAAAAUAUUAAUGCGCUUUAGAAUUUAAUGAUAAAUAUGCUUCUGUGCACAGAGUAUAAACCGACUACAAUAUGACAAGCAAAUGCAUAUUUUUCAACUAUUUAGACUCAGAUGUUUAAAGUUUAAGGAAAAAAGGUUGUCUAGCUGAUGGAAUAGCCGUUUGCUUCCUAAAGGACUACUAAUUCCUUAGAUGAAGUUUACUCUGGAGAAAUGGCAGCCAGUCGAGACAAAUUCCUCAUCGGAACCUGCCCUUUUUUACUUUGUACAUUUCCUUUUUUUUGUCUCUUUCUCAGUAAAGGUUCCACCUGUGUCUUUGCUGCUUAUCAGUGUUUUUGAGCUACACAGCUCUGUCACCCAUCUGUGCAGACAGCAGUCUCCAUCGGGUUCAGUUUUUAAAUGUAAUUUUUUUUUGUUUUUCUUUGGCUGUGAAAGUCUAAUGCUUUCCGAGUGGUUAUUGCAAGUGUAAUGUAAGAGUUUAGGUAAUGAGCCCAACACAUUUAUUUACAAGUGUGGCUUUUCCCCAGCCACAUUGAAGGAAGUGUGGCGCUUUCAGUGACUGGCUCUGUGGAGAGACCUUGGACGCACAGCAGAACACGGCGUUUGCUUUUGCUUAAAUUCUUGAUUUUUGUGUUAAAAUUUUUUUUUUUCUUUAUAAGUUGUGUAGUACAGCUUUCGCUCCCAUUGGGAAAAAUAGGCUUGCAUUGAAAUUAGUUUGAAAGAAAUUAAAGGUUAAAGCACAAAAAAAUGAAAUCAUAGUAGUUUUGUUUGAUAUUUAUUUCUUUUGUCUUUCCUUUCCUAAUUUCUUUCUGUACUUAAGGCUUUUUUUCAGCCACCAGUAUCAGUUUCUCUGUGUUAACACCAGCUUUAGUAUUUUGACACAGUUCGAAGUUAUUUUAUUUAAAAAAAAAAAAAGAUUUUCUGUCCCAUGCAGACUUCACCUUUUAUUACAUAUCUGCCUGUUCAACACAAUUUAAACUGUUAUUUUUUUCCCAUGUGUGAUGAAAGAACAGUGCAGAGUACCAUUACUUUUAUCGGCAAAAAGUCUCCACAGGUUUAGUCAAAGUUCAGUCAUAAUGUCUCUAUGUGAUUAAAAUCUUUUGGAGCAUUAUUUCAAACCAUUACAUUCUGCUGUUUAUUGGUUUAGUUUUUUUCUGGGUUUCUAAAUAGACUUCCCAGGUAAACCAAAGGAAAUUAUAUUGGCCCUACUGCCUUCCCCUCAGUUCAGUUUGAAUCAGUAAUGCCUUGUCAUUUGAUGUCUUGCCAUACCUAAUUGCACAGAAGAUAUGGCAUUCUCUGUAAAUGGUUAAUGCAUCGUCAUUUUCACAUUGUUUGGUUACUCCAUUGGCUUUUGCAAGCCACCUCAAACGGGACGUCGUUUGCCAAUUUUCCUGUCCCUGCUAAAAACAAAAGUUUAAAGAUGUGAAUUGGAAACGGACACCUUUAACUUCUGUUGUACAGUUUGGGCUUGGUGUCUGAUGGCUGGUCAGAAAGUGUGCUGGUGAAAAGCUUCAAUCAAUUUUUUUUCCCUUUUCAGUGUACUCCUAACACUAUUGUCUGCUGGGAAUCGUUGGGAUAUCGAUCUUAAAAAAAAAAAAAAAAAGCAAAAGCAAAAAGCAAAUCUAUUGUCUGUUUAAUUUUACGCCUCCAGCAUUUUAUUUUGUUUUAUUGUACCAAUAAAGGAUUGUGCAAAAAGCAGUUUGCUAAAUAAGUGUAGUCUGAAGAGUACUUGAUUUUCCUACAGUUCAGUGAAUGCUGAAAACCUCUGCAGCCUCUGCAUCAUACACUGGCCUGCAAAACAAUGCACAAUAAACCAAAACCAUCCAGA